CCCUUAUCAACACCUUUCUGUUAUUCAUUUGAUAAUAAGUUUUAGCUCCUUGAAAUCAAAACAGAUUAGUAAACCUUUUGUGGGGUAGUUUGGAUUUGUUGUUAGUUUUUUAAAUGCCUUCUAGUCUCCUUUUGCUUUCAGCUUAUGACAGUAAUUCUGAUGAAGAACAGGAUGAAGAUAACAAUGAUGUAAAUCAAACGAGGCUGCCUUUGCCUGCAUCCUUGAGAGGUGUUGAAACAGAAGAGGUCGAAGAUGAUCCCUCUUUACAUGAUGGAAGAUAUCGAUCAUUUCCUCACAAGAGAGGAAAUUGGACUUCUUUGAUUUAUAUACCUUACAAUGAGACAGUUUCUUUUGAUCACUUAUUUGAUCAAUUAUUUGAACUUUGUUCACCUGGCAUCAAACUAAUCAAAAUAAAAGAUCCACAUGUUAGCUUAACCAAAACUUUUGUUUUAUUAUAUCAUUGGAUUAAAGAAUUUCAUCUUUCAAUCAAAGAAAAAAUCAAAGUACUCCACAGCUAUGAAGUUUGCUUUGAUGGGAUUGAAGUAUAUUGCAAUGAAGACCAAUCGAGAACCUUUUUGGGACUCACAGUUGGUACAGGAAAAAAUGAGAUUGAAUCAACCGUUCAGCUUUUUGAUAGCUGUUUGAAAGAAUAUCGUCUAGAACCAUUUUAUAAGGAAGGAUCAUUUCAUAUGAGCAUAGCAUGGUGUCAUGGAAAUAAGAAAACGGCCAUUAAGGAAAGAAUAUUUGCCAAGAAAAGUUUAAUAGAUACUUUAUCUAAUAAAUCAGAAUUUUCUAUAUCUGUGAAUGCUUAUAUUUUCAAAACAGGAUUUAAGGAAUUUAUUUUGAAACUUCAAUGAUUUAGUAGUUUUGUUGAUGAAUAUUUAUUUAAUGUUCAAGUAAUUAAACCAUGAGACUGUUUAUAUUUAUUUUUAUAGUAAAUUUUUCAAAAACUGUAAUAAAUUAUAUGAUUCUGAGAUUACUUAAA